UUUUCCACAGCUGACGGAGGGAGAGCUCACUCAAAGAUAAACAGAUUGGCGACGUGCGACGCUCGGCAUUUCUCCUCUCCGGCGUCUGGUAGGCUUCAAGCAUGCAAGUUUGCAGGAGACUCCUCCUCUCAGGCCUCAGGCGAGGCCAUGGGGACGCACAGCAAGUCUUUCGAUGCGGUGGAGUUCGGACCAUCACAUCCGAUCUUGCCGAGAUGGACGACGAAGAAAACGUUCCGAAGCCGGCGAUCAAAGACGUUCAAGCCGUAAACGAGAGCACUCUCUGCGUGUCCUUUACUGACAACACCAAGAGCCACUUCAACAGCCUCUGGCUUCGCGACAGCUGCACGUGUCCAGCGUGCGUGCACCCCGUGACUCGUCAAAAGCUGGUGAGCAGCGUCAAGAUCGACCCGAACAUUCAGCCCCUGUCCUGGACCGUCAAAGACGGGGAGACGCUGGAAGUCCGCUGGCCCAAGAGCACUCAGGGGCCUCAACACGCCAGCACGUAUUCGUGCGACUGGCUUUACGAUUUCGGAAAGCUUUUCGAGUCUAAGGAUGGGAACGCCAAGGAAGUUCUCGAUCUGUUCUACACCAACACAAAGUCCACGACGAUCCUUUGGCACCGGGACGAGAUCGACGAGAAUCCGCCCGAGCUGGAGUACCAGACGUUCAUGGAAGAUCGGUCCGGACUCAAGCAGAUGGUCAAGAACAUCGUCAAAUAUGGCAUAUCGGUGCUCCACGGGGUCCCUCCACAUGAGGAGGAGCUACAGAAGGUUGCGGGUCGCAUGGGCUACAUCCGCGAGACCGGCAUGGGCCGCGUGUUCGACGCCACCUGUCAGCCGGACGCCCACAGGGGCUCGAGGUUCCUGCAGCACACCGAACUGCCGGACCGGGAGAGUGCCCCUGGUGUGAAAUUACUCCUCUGCCUUUCCUCCGACGUGCCCAAGCAGACCUUGACCGGAACUCCGGACAGAGGCAAGACGUUCUUUGUGGACGGCUUCUACAUUGCUCAGUGGAUGAAGUACAACCAUCCGGAGUACUUCAGGCUCCUCGUCUCCACACCUGUGACGUUCUCGUACUACGACUCUCGUCGAGGGGUGUGGUUACGCGACACCUUUCCCAUCAUCCGGACAAACGACUACGGCAAAAUCAAGAAGAUCCACUACAGCACGUUUUCGAUGCGGCCACCUCUGCUGUCGCCAAGCGACGCUACCAAGUUCUAUGAGGCAUACGGAACGUUCACCAAGCGAAUGGAAGAAGAAUCUUGCCAAUAUGCCUUCCACAUGGCUCCCGGAGACCUGGUGGCCUUCAACAACCGACGAAUCCUUCACGGCAUGAAGGAACUGGACCCGCAACAGAAAGACAUAAUUCUGAGGGGCUGUUACAUGGACAUGGAUGAGAUCGCCUCUCUCUACGAGAAGAUGCGAAGAGACGACGACGCUUGAAGUCUGCUCAGACAUGUCACGUUGAGGAGAAGGACCUGCCGAUUUGUGUAUAUAGACGUGUCUGCGUGAAAAUCGCUGGGACCGCGCUGAAUUGUUUGUAAUGUUUCUACGUGUACAUUCAAAAUAAACUCUCACGAGAAAUAACCAGGGAGCAACGAGUAUAUUGUGCCAAAUAAAGCGUUGAUGCAAA